UACACAAUUUCUGGCAGGACAGAUUAAAGUGUUACGCACAACAGAUCAGCACACAAGAAGGUCGCGUCCCCAGACUACGGGUUCUGACAUUUCUCUUUUCGGGUGAAGAUGAUGUCCACGUUGGUUCGACCCGGAGGGUUCGCUCCGUACCUUCAAGUGACCAAACACGGAGCUAAAAGCCUGCUGUUCCCCGGAGCCGCGGAGCCCGCUUGGGCUCCUGCAGGAACUCGUCUGGCCCACACAGACAUCAAGAUCCCGGACUUCUCAGACUACCGCCGUCCGGAGGUUUUAGACCCCAACAAGUCCUCGCAGGAGAGCAGCGAGGCGAGAAGAGCCUUUUCCUACCUGCUGACCGGAGCCACUACUGUCGUCGGUGUGUAUGCAGCCAAAACUGUGGUCACCCAGUUCGUCUCCUCCAUGAGCGCCUCAGCCGACGUCCUGGCCCUCUCCCAGAUUGAAAUCAAGCUGGGGGACAUCCCGGAAGGGAAAAACAUGACCUUCAAGUGGAGAGGGAAGCCUUUGUUCGUCCGCCAUCGCACAGAGAAGGAGAUCGCAACCGAGGAGGCCGUAAAUCUCACAGAGCUGCGUGACCCCCAGCACGACAAAGAUAGAGUGAUCAACCCAAAGUGGGUCAUCGUUCUGGGCGUGUGCACCCAUCUGGGCUGCGUGCCCAUCUCUAAUGCGGGUGACUUUGGCGGGUACUACUGCCCCUGCCACGGCUCCCACUAUGACGCCUCCGGAAGAAUAAGAAAGGGACCCGCCCCCCUCAACCUGGAGGUCCCUUUCUACGAGUUCCCCGAUGAAGAGACUGUUGUGGUGGGAUAAAGAGUAUUUUAAAAACGGCACCAUAAGUUUAUAAAUCGUUUUAGGGAAAAUUUCAUUUACUGUGACUCCAGCAAUAAGAUGAAUAAAGCACCUUAAGUCUUCUCAA